UUGCAAUAUCAGAUGAUUUAAGUCUGCUACUAGAACUCCCGUCUACUUUGCUGUCUGAGAAAGCAGAGCAAGCAGCCUCUCCUCGGCACCAGCAGGGUUGGGACAGUUUGCCUCCAUUUGUCCAUUGUUGUCUCUCUCCUUUGAAUCCUGCGUUUUGUUUUGUUAAUAGAUUGAGUCGUCACACAAAAUGGCUGAGGAACGGAAUCAAGUCGCCAUUCCCCCGGAAGCAAAUCCCAACGUACAGGCUGAGGACGAUUUGAAGCAGGUGGCAGAGCUCAAGGCCCAAGCACCAAUGAAAGAGGAGGGGCAACCUGUUACUCAAGAGCCCGGUGGGGAGAAAUAUGCAAACCCGGAUACUAAUGGCAAGCUUUCAGAAGGACAAGAAGGUGGUGUGGCGGAUGAAGAUAUGGAAGCCAAGGAGGAAGCUAGAAUUAUUGCGGCUGCCGCAAAGCUGGGUCAAGAUGCUGAAUCAAAGAGUGAAUCAAAGAGUGACUCUAAGGAUGGUGAGCUAAAGGACACAAACAGUGACCAAAGGCAAUCGUCACGAGGUGGCCGUGGUGCCAAUCGCCCGCGCGUAAACUAUCGUGACAACAUCAAAUCAGAUGUCUCGACGCUGAAAGAGACGAGCGACCCAGACGAGAUCCGUAAACAGGUCGAAUUCUACUUCUCUGAUUCGAAUCUUCUCAUGGACAAAUUCCUCCUCUCCAAAGUGGGCGGCAGCGAAAAUCGCCCCGUCGAACUGUCCCUCCUGCACUCAUUCAAGCGUAUGAGUCGUUUCCAGCCAUUCAGCGCCGUUGUCGAUGCGCUCAAGGACUCAAAAACUCUCGAGUUGACCGACGACGAUACCUGCGUCAGACGAAAGGUGGCCCUGCCGGAAACCGUCAAGGAAUCGCUGGAUCCUACUGUGGUCAAGGUUUUCGAAGAUAAAGCGAUGCACCGUAGCAUCUACGCGAAGGGAUUUGGUCCCGAGGAACCGAGCACGCAAUUCGACAUUGAGGCCUUUUUCACACCAUACGGCCCCACCAAUGCAAUUCGCCUGAGACGUACAGCCGAGAAGAUUUUCAAGGGAAGCGUAUUUGUUGAAUUUGACAGCGAGGAGACGCAAAAGGCUUUUCUGGCCCUCGAACCCAAGCCAAAGUGGAAGGGUACCACGGAACUCCUGAUCAAGAGCAAGAAGGAUUAUUGCGACGGGAAGAUUAAGGAUAUUGAAGCUGGUCGACUGCGGCCCAAUACCGGCCGGGGCAGAGGUGCUCAUAGAGGGCGAGGCCGUGGGGCCUCGAACCACCACGAUCGUCGUGGGGAUGAUAAUAAGAAGAAUUUUAGGGGUAGUCGAGGUGGACGUGGCCAGAGAGGAGGUAGAGGUGGUCGUCAAGAGGCUCAAAAGGAUUCUCGCUCCCAUAUUCAGGAAUCCUAUACUCCAUGGUUGGCAGGCCAGAAGCGUUCGCGGGAAGACGACGGCGAUUCUGCUGCUGCUACCACUGCCAAUGGCAACGGCCAUUCAUCUGCUUCCAAUGGAACCAGCGCUGCCAGCGCUGAUGUCGGAGCUCCCCCAGCCAAAAAGGUCGAUGUUAAAGAGUCAUGA